AUUGUGAUUGAUUCUAUUUGAUAUUUAAUUUAAUUUAAUGCAUCGGUAACAGUUUGUCGUCGCCAAAGGGUACAAAAGAAGACCGGCAAUGAAUUUCUACUAUUAAUAAUUUCUACUUGUGCGUUUCAUCCUUCCGUUUCAUGUUUAUUCUGAGGGGCGGGGUUUCUGUGUGUGUUUCUUUCUGAUUUUUGGGAUGGUCACGAAGGCUGAGAGCAGAGACAAGAAGAUGAUGAAGACAAGGAAAGAGAGCAGUUGGAGAUGGGGAUUGAUGGUGGGGGCUCUCGUAUCUGUCUUGCUCGCCGCAGCAUUCGCCUCUAGGGCCGCUCCUAAAAUCUCUGUCUUCUUCAACAACCACCAUCACAAGUCCUGCCACUGCUCUGAGGAUUCGCGGAAGUAUACCGGCAUAGUUGAGGACUGUUGUUGCGACUAUGAGACUGUAGAUAGUCUUAAUGGGGAAGUUUUGCAUCCCUUGCUCCAAGAGCUUGUUACAACCGCAUUUUUUCGAUAUUUUAAGGUUAAGCUACAGUGCGACUGCCCUUUCUGGCCUGAUGAUGGUAUGUGCCAUUUGCGUGACUGCAGCGUUUGUGAAUGUCCAGAGAAUGAAUUUCCUGAACCUUUCAAGAGCCCAUUCCGUCAUCAUGGUCUUCCACCUGACAAUUUGGUGUGUCAGGAGGGAAGGCCGCAGGCCACGGUUGACCGCACCCUUGACAAUAAAGCUUUCAAAGGCUGGGUAGAAACAGAUAAUCCAUGGACAAAUGAUGACGAGACAGAUAACGAUGAGAUGACAUACGUAAAUCUUCAACUGAACCCUGAACGUUACACAGGCUAUACUGGCCCAUCUGCCAGAAGGGUAUGGGAUGCUGUCUAUUCAGAAAAUUGUCCAAAAUAUUCAUCUGGAGAGAUUUGCCCAGAGAAGAAAGUAUUAUACAAAUUAAUAUCUGGUCUUCACGCUUCAAUUUCAGUCCACAUUGCUGCUGAUUAUCUCCUUGAUAAAAGUAUUAAUCAGUGGGGUCAAAAUCUCGAGUUGAUGUAUGAUCGCGUUUUAAGGUACCCAGAACGUGUUAGAAAUUUGUACUUCACUUUUCUCUUUGUUCUUAGAGCUGUGACAAAAGCAGCAGAUUAUCUGGACCUCGCUGAAUAUGAUACUGGAAACUCUGUGGAGGACCUGAAAACACAGUCAUUGGUGAGGCAGCUGCUUUACAAUCCCAAACUCCAGGCUGCAUGUCCACUUCCGUUUGAUGAAGCGAAGUUAUGGCAAGGCCAAAGUGGACCUGAGCUGAUGCAGCAGAUUCAAAAGCAAUUUAAAAAUAUUAGCGCUUUGAUGGACUGCGUGGGCUGUGAGAAAUGUCGACUCUGGGGGAAGCUUCAAGUUCUUGGUCUUGGUACUGCAUUAAAGAUUCUGUUUUCAGUUGAUGAUCAAAAACAUCCAGUACAACCUAUGCUGUUGCAGAGAAAUGAAGUGAUUGCGUUGGUUAACUUGCUUAAUCGACUCUCGGAAUCUGCGAAGUUGGUGCAUGAAAUGGGGCCUUCAGUUGAAAAGAUUAUGGAAGGGCAGGUUCCCGAACCUCCUGCGCAAGAGAUCUGCAUAUUGCAAAGAAUAUGGCAGUCAGUAGUUGGUCUUUGGUUAGGGGAAUUGACAUUGUGAUCAGUCAUGACUUCAGAAGCAGUUUAAAUUAUUAUACGCACAUGUGAACAAUUCAGAGCUCUAGAAAUAGGAGAGUUUUUGGAGGCAUAGGAGAAGAGCAGAAUGGCGGAAUUAGAAAAUAAUCAUAUGAUUCCAAUAUGUGGGGUCUUUAAAUUGUUGGUUAUCAUAAUUUAUCUGUCAUGUUAAAGCUCUCAAAA